UUUCAGCCUACGUUUUCUUAAUGGAAAUUAUCAGAUUUGCGAUCGACAACCUGGUGCAACGCUGGUUACAUCAUCUGCUGAUGGUCUUUGGGAGAAACAUUUAAGAGACAAGUGUCAUCACUAUCUUGAUGAAAUGACACCAAUGCGACUGUAUGAACGUUGGCAAAGAUGGUGCAAUGGUGCAGGUGAUAAUCCAGCGCCACAAGAUUUAUCGACAAUUUUAUGCAGAAAUGCCCCCAAAUAUAUCCGGUACAACAGCAUGCAUUGAUAAGGAAACGUCUGCCAAGGAUGAAAAUUCUUUACUACUGUCAGAGAAAAUUACCCCAAAGGAAAAUGGAAAUUUCGAAGCAACAAAAUCAAAUGGAUUUGUUGUUGAAAAAAAGAAGGAAUCGACAACUUAUUUUGAACAGGAAUUAAAAUGGAUAAACAUCAUAAGUAUUUUUAUUCUUCAUGCAUUGGCCGCUUUUGCUCUCAUUACUUUCCCCUAUUCUCAAAAACAUCUCACGAAGCUUCACACAUAUCUUGUUGGACAACUGGUCGGUUUUGGAGUGACUGGUGGUGCCCAUCGUCUAUGGACUCAUCGUGCUUAUAAAGCCAAGUGGCCUCUUCGAGUGAUUCUACUGUAUUCUUAUUACACAUCAGGACAAAAUUCCUUAUUUGACUGGGUAAGAGAUCAUCGUGUUCAUCAUAAAUAUUCCGAAACUGAAGCCGAUCCACAUGACAGUACUCGUGGAUUUUUCUUCUCUCACGUCGGUUGGUUGAUGAUGAAAAAGCAUCCUGAAGUUAUAAGACGAGGACGACAAGUUGAUAUGAGUGAUGUUACCUCAGAUCCAAUUGUUGCAUUUGGUGAAAAACAUUUCGUGCUAUUUAAAAUUUUAUGCUGUUUUAUAAUACCAACAAUUAUUCCGGUAUACCUUUGGAAUGAGGAAUGGUAUUACGCAAUCUUCUCACAAAUAGCACGUUAUGCUAUAUCUUUGAAUUUUACAUGGAGUGUGAAUAGUGCGGCACAUAUUUGGGGUUCGAAACCCUAUGACAAGACAAUUGCACCGGCGGAAAAUAGAUUUGUUGCCUAUGUAGCAAUGGGCGAAGGCUGGCACAAUUAUCAUCACGUAUUUCCAUACGAUUAUAAAGCAGCAGAAUUGGGAAAUUACAGUUUAAAUUACACGACCUUUUUAAUUGAUAUGUUUUCCAAAAUCGGCUGGGCCUACGAUUUGAAACAACCGUCCAAAGAAUUGAUAAAAGCUGUGAGAGAAAAACGAGGACACAAUCACUCGCACAAGACCGAAUUAUCUGAAGAAAAAUCUUAUUAAAAUUUACAAUUCUUUUUCUUUUAAAGAAAAAAAAUUUUUAAUUUUACAAAAGAAAAAUUACUAAAAAAUCAUUACAUUAUUUAUUAUUAUUAUUACUUUACUAAGCAACUUUGUACUAUUUUUUUUCAAAAUGAUAUUUUUUUAAUUUGUUUAACUUUUAAGAAUUAGCUGGAAAAGCAAACAUUAGUAUUAAAAGCAUCAUUUGAAAAAAAAUGAUCAAUUAACACUUGAGAAUAAUUGAAUGAAUAAUUAUUUAUAUCAAUGCAUGUAAUCAAAAUAAUUAAUUGUAAUCGAUAACAAUUUUUUAUUUAAAUAAUGAUGUUCUAUUUCCUCUAUUAUAUUCUUCUUCUUAAGUAUUUUGUAAUUAAUGGAAAAUAAAUAUUUAUUGACUGUUAA